AUGCCAGCAUUGACGGAGGAGUUGAUCAGAAAACGCGCGGAACACAACGAGGGCAUCUUGGCAGAUCUCGAGGAAAUAGCUUUGCACCAGGAGGAGAUUGAGAAAAUAGAGAAGUGUCUGGGCGAGCGCUGUCGUCGUAUAAAGAUACUCCUACUGCAGAACAAUGUGAUUGGAAAGUUGGAAAAUCUCAAUAAACUUAAGGAGUUGGAGUACCUCAAUGUGGCAGUGAAUAACAUUGAAAAAAUUGAAGGUUUGGAACGCUGCGAGAGUCUGAGGAAGCUGGAUCUUACGGUGAACUUCAUUGACAUUGAGAAUCUUAAAGGCUCUAUUACUAAUUUGGAGGGUAACUACAAUCUCGAGGAUUUAUAUCUUCUUGGGAAUCCUUGCAUGGACUGGUCUAAGGCGAGGCAGUAUGUAGUAGCGAGACUGCCUAGCUUGCUCCAACUUGACGGUACUCUGGUCACUCCCACCGAGAGGAUACAGGCUAGACGAGAGCUUCCAAAGCUGGAGGAGGAGUUGGAGAGGCUUUCGGACUUCUCUAUUAAGAGAAAGAAUUAUGAGAGGGAACACGGGAUAACACCAAGCGAAGGUGGUGGCAUUUCCAGCGUUGUUAUUUUCGGAUAUCCAAAGGCGAAUUUGCACAUAUAUGCCUAUACCAAGGAGUCCCGACUGGAGAUGUAUAGGGAACAGGGUGCCGCUAAGGAGGAGAAGAAGAGGAGGGAAAGGAAGAGGCUAGGUUUGGAAGCGAAACCUCCUCGGAAGGUGCCGGAAGUGAUGAAUCAGCGAGGGGAGAUACGUCAGUGUAAUGAAGGGAAGUAUAACUUCCAUAUUGAUGAGUUUGGUACUCCUGGGAUGGUGGUUAUGGAGAUAGACAUACCGGCUUUCAUGGACACGAGUUUUAUCGAUGUGGACAUCCAACCUAAUUAUGUUAGGUGUGUUAUCAAGGAGAAGCUGACGCAGUUGCGAACGCCGUGUGAGGUCGUGGUCCAUGCGUCUACAGUGAAGAGAAGCAGCACGACGGGCGCUCUAAGAAUAGAAAUGCCCCGUGCUGAUCAAUCAGGAAUGCUAAGAGUGAAAGAAAAAGAGGAGAAACCCAAGCAGUUAUUGGUCGUUAUUUAUAUGGAGCCCCUUCUCGGUCAGCGGUGA